AUGAAUCAAGAUGGUAAUGAUCCCGAUAACCCAGAUAUCUCAAAACAACCUCCCAUUGGUUCAAGAGCAGCGCGUGAACAGCACCAAGAACAACGCGUACGACAGCGAGGUGGUCAAGUAUACAGAUCAGGUCCAUUACAGCUAAAUAUCCCAAGGAAACCACCAGCACCACAACAACCCCGUCAAUCCGGUGAAAGAGAGCGUCUACCCGUUCCAUCACCAUUCAAUAACCCUCCAAUGCGUACAACCGCUAUGACUAACCUCUUUCGUCACUCUCUAUCUCGUUCUCGCAGUCCUAUACCACAACAACAACAAUCUCCUUCUCCUCUUUUUGCCAAUGUUAGAAGCAGUAGCCAGAGGAGUUACACGAGCAAUAGACCUGAAAACUUCCAAACACAGGCCACUCUCAUCGAUUCAGAUAACGGUAUUAACGGUAGUAGUCCAAACAGCAAUCACAGCAAUCAGGGUCGAGCUGGUAGUCCGCAAAGCAGCUUCUCCAGUGGCAGAAGCAGCUUAUCCAAUAACAGGAGCAGCUCGAGUGAAGAAGAGAGAAGGCGGAGGAUGCAGAGUGAGAGAAGUGCGGGCAGUGAAAAAAGUGCACUCAGCACCCUCGAUAGAACAACCCAAACCAGCGAAUUUCCUAGAGAUAGACUCACUGAUAUUGACUCAGUCAAUCAGAAAGUAGACGGGCAUGAUAGAGACAUACUCUUCGGAAAUAACCCUCUCUUCAACGAUAUUGAUAGCACUCCACUCGAUGACGGUGAUAUGUCAGCAGAUAAGAGCAUCCUUAGUGACAGAGAGAAGCGCAUGUCCACCCAACUCAUACAGAGCAGUCGCGCUACCCCUCCUCCAUCCAACAAGCGCGAAAAGGGCAAAGGAAGAGUGAGAGGGGAGAGAAAGAAGGAGACGAAUAUGGAUCCAGAAAGGGAGAAGGAUAUAGAGAAAGAAACAGAAAAGGAGAAUAGCACUGUGGAUAAAGCCCACCCCUCUACAGAGCCCACCGAGGACUUUGACAGCCUGGUCGCACCUACACCCCAACAAGCCCCCGCUUCAAUUAAAAAGAGAGCCCGUAAAUCUGAUACCAACGAGGUUAAGGAAAGAAAAAAGGCGCGUAAAUCUGACAAUAAAGAGGCAAAGAAAGCACGCAAGUCUGAAAACAAAUCCAAGAAAAUGCGUAAAUCACGUGUGACAGAGGAUGUAGAUGUUAAAGCUGAAACUGAUCAAUCCCAGCAAGCCCAACAAACCCAGCCAUCAAAGAAGAAGGAGGAGAAAAAAGAGAAGAAAAAUAAGAAGGAUAAGGCUGCAAGAGAAUCCGAUAGUCGUCAGGUUAGACGCAGGAGGGGUGGUGUCCAGGAGGUAAGAUCUGAUGAAGAAGACGAGACCAGGCCUAGAAAAAGCGAAAGCACAGUUUUCAAAGUACCAGAGUUACCAGCGAAACCAGUCAAACGUAAAAGAAAGUCAGCGAUACGACAUGCGUACAGAGAUGGCAAAACACAAGCUGAUGUGGAUAGAGAAGAUGCAGCAGCAGCAAAGGCAGCUAAAAACCUAGCGAGGAAGCGUAAGAAGGACAGACGAAUUGAUGACGAAGAGAUGCAUCUUUUCCACACAAUCUCUCUAUCAGACCAAACGACGAUGAAUCCAUUCGCUCAAGAUAUCGACAAAAAACAUGAGGCUGUUGCUAGCAGGGCAAUAGCGAAAUCUCAACGACAAAUAAACGAGAUUGAUGUGUUUUGGAAUUUGCUCGUCAACGAGGUUGAUGAUGUAAUUGAUCAAACUGAGUCACGCACACUUUUGCACGAUAUCAGACAUUUCAAUGCACUCCUUGAGAAGGAGUUUACCGAGAAGACGGUAUGGUUUGAGUAUUGCGUCGCUCUCAAUGCUCGUUUGGCAACUGCUAAAGCGCAACAGAAGGAUAUGCGCAAACGGAUCCUUGAGACCCAGAAGUCAAUUGCACAAGUAUCCAAGCAGAUGGCUGGGGUGCAGCAGGAUUGGACAGAGAGCAAGCUACAUAGAGAAGAAAUGAGCAAGUUGAAUUUGUGGAUGAAUGAUGUCCAGUCUCGCAGAAUACCACUCGUGGCUGGAGAAGAGAUGGAUAUCGACAAGAAGGCCAAUGUGCAGCUUAAGCAAGAGGUGUCAGAUAUCUACUCAAGUAUUGAGCUCAUCCGAACAGUAUACUCAGAGGAUCCUGAUAGCUUCGCUGGGAAUGUACAGCGGUUUGGAAAUACCCAAGAUAACGCUGGGAAAUGCAGGAUGUAUGGUGUCUUUGAUGAUGAUGGGGAGACUCUACCGGCGGACGAGGACUACGAAGACAUAAUUUAUGAGAUGGAGUGGGAUAGCGCGGGUAUUGUGGGAGAUGGCAACAUUGCAGCCGCGGAAAAUGAUCUAGAUGAAGAGCAAUCCAGCGACGAGGAGAGUAUAGGCAGUGUUUCAAGCGAAGAUGUCAGCAUUGAUAGUGAUAGCGUGUUCGUGAGCGAUGUAGGCGAUGUGAGCGACGAAGAAAGCUCAAGGCAGGUUGAUGACGAUAGUAGAGUUGCUGCGACGACGGAUAGCCCGAAUUCGUCACCGUCGUCAGGACACAAAGAUAUCUAA